AUGGAUUUGCAUCUCUUUGACUACACAGAGCCAGGAAACUUCUCUGACAUGAGCUGGCCAUGCAACAGCAGCUACUGCAUCCUGAUCGACACAGUGCAAUGCCCCACCAUGCCCCACAAAAGCAUCCUGCUCUACACACUUUCCUUUAUUUACAUUUUCAUCUUCGUGAUUGGCAUGAUUGCCAACCCUGUGGUGGUCUGGGUGAACAUCCAGGCCAAGACCACAGGCUAUGACACCCACUGCUACAUCUUGAACCUUGCCAUCACAGACCUGUGGGUGGUCAUCACCAUCCCCGUCUGGGUGGUCAGCCUGGUGCAGGACAACCAGUGGCACAUGGGCGAGCUUACCUGCAGGGUCAUGCACCUCGUCUUCUCUGUCAACCUCUUUGGCAGCACCUUCUUCCUCACAUGCAUGAGCAUGGACUGCUACCUCUCCAUCACCUACUUCACCAGCACCUCCAGCCGCAGGAAGAAGAUGGUGCACCACAUCGUGUGCGUUCUGGUGUGGCUGCUGGCCUUGUGCAUGUCUCUGCCCAGCACCUACUACCUGAAGUCCGUGGUGUCUGCUUCCAACAACGAGACCUACUGCUGGUCGUUCUACCCUGAGCACAGCAUCAAGGAGUGGCUGAUCAGCAUGGAGCUUGUCUCUGUUGUCUUGGGCUUCAUUGUCCCCUUCUCCAUCAUCACUGUCUUCUACUUCCUGCUCUCCAGGGCCAUCUCAGCCUCUGGUGAUCAGGAGAAUGAGAGUAUCCGGAAGAUCAUCUUUUCCUAUGUGGUGGUCUUCCUUGUGUGCUGGCUCCCCUACCACGUGGCAGUGCUGCUGGACAUCUUCUCCAUCCUGCACUACCUCCCCUUCACCUGCCAGCUGGAGAACACGCUCUUCACAGCACUACAUGUCACACAGUGCCUGUCCCUGGUGCACUGCUGCGUCAAUCCUGUGCUCUACAGCUUCAUCAACCACAAGUACAGGUACAAGCGGAUGAAGGCCUUCACCUUCCAGUAUUCUACCCAAACGGGCCUCACCCAGCUCACCAACACCACCAGAGUGUCAGAGACAGAGUACUUGGUGCUGGAACAAAACUCCAAAUGA